AGCAUUUGGAACGUUUCUUUCUGGUUCUGCUUGGUGCUUACUAACUUCCCUAGUGAAGAGGAAAAUAGUGUGAACUUGCAUGUACCAGGAUGCGUUCAUUACUGUUGGAAGCUAUCAUCAAAAAAGUUGUUGCCAAAAGGAUGAAAAGAAGAAAUAAAAAAAGAUACUUGAGAAAGUACUAUGAAGAUUGGUCAAGUAUCCCUUCAUUGCCUUUGAAAGCUUUCAGGGGAAGACUUGGUGCCAAAUGCAGAAAAAAAAUACACCGCAGAAAAAAAGAAUUGGAAAUUGCAGAUUGGACUACUCUCCCUCAAGGUAUACUUGAGACGGUUGCUGAAAAACUGACCUUAAUCGAUUGCUUAUCUAUCAGCAAAGUUUGUAUGAGUUGGAAUACUGUUCUUGGAGAACAACUUCCUAGUUGGAAAAGGCAUGGAUUUCCUUGGCUCUUGGUCUCAGGUCAGCAGAACAAAGAGAUUAGAACUUGUAUAAGUAUAUUGGAGAAUCGUGUUUGGGAGUUGGAGUUAUCAGAGGCACAUGGAAAUUAUUGUUGGGGAUCAUUUCAUGAUUGGUUGAUUAUGGUAAAGAAUAUUGACAAUUUCCAUCUUGAAGUUAACUUGCUGAAUCCAUUUUCAAGAAGCCAAAUUAGUCUCCCUUCGUUAUGGAACUUUUACCACAAGAUGGUGCUCUCAGGGCCUCCCUCUGAGAAUAACUUCAUUUGCAUGCUUCUACACAGCCAGUGCUGUGAGCUGGCUUUUUGGGUUCCAGGAGAAAAUUCAUGGCAUAAACUUAAACUAACAGGUGAGCCAUUUGAGGAUGCUGUAUUUUGUAAUGGAAGUUUUUAUCUCCUGGCUGAUGGAUUUAAUAUUUGGCAAAUUGAUGUCAAAAGUAUCUACUCGAGCAUUGGCAAAGGUGAUGAUGAUUUUGGAACACUGUCCCAGAUACAAACCCAGAUUCAUGAAGUAAAAUGGCCUGAGAUAUUUCAGUUACAAGAAGGGAUAAUAUUACAAAGAAAUCAUCAUGACUAUAAAAUUUUAAGAUAUUUAGUAGAGUCUUGUGGGGAGCUUUUGCUUGUUUGUAGAUAUUUUAGUACCAAACAAGCUGCAGUGCUUGAUACCCAAAAAUUAGAGAUAUAUUCAUUGGAUUUUUGUCAGUUGUCUUGGAAGAAGGUUGAGGAUUUGGGGGAUCAAAUGAUAUUUUUGGGUAAAUGUUGCUCAUCGUCUUUCUCUGCAAAGGAACUUGGAGUUGGAAAUAGAAACAGCAUUUAUUUCUGCAAUGAUCCAACUGUUCCAUGGUGGAAUGAAUGGGAUUCUAAUCAUUUAAAAGGUAUAUUGACCCGUUUUGGCUUCAAUAGGACUAAUGUAAGCAAUUGGGGCAUUUUCAGGCUUGGAAAUGAGGAGGGUGAGCGGUUUCGCUUCCAUGGUGAUAUAGACAGUUGGACAUACACAUGGUUUACUGCACCUUCAUGGUGGUGUUACAGAAAUAUUCCUCCAAUAGGAAGCAGUUAAUCUUGGUCACGUAUGUUGCAAACUAGCAAAUACAUGUGUUCUGGACUAAUUGUUUGUUUUGCAUGUAUAUUGACCUAUUUUGUGUUUAAGAAUGCUCAUAAAGUGUUGAAAGAGAGCAUUUGGUUCAAAAGCUUUUGUUUAAGAAUUAAAAAAAACAGAACACAUGCACAACUUCUCUUCAUCUGUA